AUGGAUACCUACAUCAAGGACUCUCUGGAAGCAGGCCUCAUGCGUCCAUCUACCUCCCCGAGUGUACUGUUUGAGAGUGUACUGUUUGAGAGUGUACUGUUUGAGAGUGUACUGUUUGAGAGUGUACUGUUUGAGAGUGUACUGUUUGAGAGUGUACUGUUUGAGAGUGUACUGUUUGAGAGUGUACUGUUUGAGAGUGUACUGUUUGAGAGUGUACUGUUUGAGAGUGUACUGUUUGAGAGUGUACUGUUUGAGAGUGUACUGUUUGAGAGUCCGCAGACGCAUAUGACCUCUGACGGGCCGGGCACCCACGCCACAGAUGUGCUGACGAGCCACACCCAUGCCUAUCAACAGGGCUCUUUGGGCGGUGAGCGGAGCACUGGACCAAUCCGGUGCCAGCGUUGUCGGGAGGCGUGUAAGGGAGAGGUGGUGCGCGUUCAGGACACACACUUCCAUGUCAAGUGUUUCACCUGCACAGUGUGUGAGUGUGACCUGGCUAGGUCUGGGUUCUAUCAGAAGAGUGGUGAGUACAUCUGUACGUCAGACUACCAGCGUCUGUACGGGACGCGCUGUGACCGCUGUGAUGGAUUCAUCACCGGGGAGGUGGUCUCUGCUCUGGGGAGGACCUACCACCCUACCUGCUUCGUCUGCAGUGUCUGCAGGAAGCCGUUCCCUAUCGGAGACAGAGUGACGUUCAGUGGGAAGGAUUGUGUGUGUCAGCAGUGUUCUCACACACUUGUCACCUCCAACGAACCAAUCAAGAUCCACGGACCCAGCCACUGUUCAGGGUGUGGAGAGGAUAUUAAACAGGGACAGUCUCUGCUGGCGUUGGAGAAACAGUGGCAUGUCAGCUGCUUCAAGUGUCAAACCUGCAACAUGGUCCUCACUGGGGAAUACAUCAGCAAGGACAAUGUGCCGUACUGUGAGUCUGAUUACCACGCCCAGUUUGGGAUUAAGUGUGAGACGUGCAGCAGAUACAUCAGUGGACGGGUACUGGAGGCAGGGGGGAAACACUACCACCCUACCUGUGCCCGCUGUUCCCGCUGUCACAUGAUGUUUACAGAGGGAGAAGAAAUGUACCUGCAUGGUGGUGAGGUGUGGCACCCUUUGUGUAAGCAAGCAGCCAGAUCAGAGAGAAGAAUCAGGCACAGACGUCUGUCAGAGACCUCCAUCUCUCCACCGGGCUCGUCAAUUGGCUCUCCCAGCCGUGUCAUCUGUGCCAGGGUGGAGAAUGUGAUGCCAGACUAUAAGGACUUUGCCGCACUGCCUAAGGUCAAGGCCAUAUAUGAGGUCCAGCCACCUGACCUCAUAUCAUCCUACCAGCAACACAGAUACUCCUCAGAUGACAUAGAGACCUUCAGCUAUGGAGAGUCACCUGGGACUCUCUAUUCUCAGAAGCUGUAUGACAGUGUAGACAUGAAACAGAGACAGUAUUCCAGCCCCAGCUACAUGGAUUCUCCCUUCUUCGGCCGUCAAGCCAUGUCUCCCAUAAUGCCUUGCUCACCGCAGCACUAUGGACACCCUGGCUCUGAGAGUGGCAGGAGCUCGCCCUAUUACGGCUCGCUGGAGGGACGGCCUAGUUCUUCUACCACAUACCACGCCCCCAAGCAUUUCCAUGUACCAGCCUCAGGCGAACCCAACAUCUACCACAAACCUCCCAUCUAUAAGAGAACGGACAAUCUCCCAGCCACCAAAAGCAGGACCAGCGAAGAUCUAAUCACAUCCUCCAGACUGUCUACCAACUCUCCAGAAUCCUACACACAGUCAGAGUCUGACUCCUACCCCUAUCCCAGAUCCCCUAAAGUUCUCUAUACUCCUAGAAGAAGGUACUCUACUGGAGGAGAUGAAGAGAGCUGGAGUCACAGCAGUCUUCAAAGAAUUCAGAGUGGUAUAGGGAGGAUGAUCCUAAAGGAGGAGAUGAAAGCUAGAUCUGGUUGCUAUGACAACGACCCUUGGGGCAGCACUCGGAACUCCCGCAGCGGCAGCAAGGAGACUCUCACCACUGUCAGCUACAACAGCACCGGCUACAACAGUACUGUUAAUGGCUCUCCUCAAUCCAAUUACAGCCUAGACAAUGAUUCGUACAAAUCAGCCUCUCUACCAGGAUACAGGCGGAACAGUGUCAACAGGCCCCAGAGUGCAGCCGCAGACUACUACCAACAGUAUGACAGCAGCAGUGAAGUCAACUGGGGAACCAGAGAAUACAAGGUUUACCCGUAUGAAGCGCUGAUCGUGACCACCAGGGGGCGACACCGAGUGCCUAAAGAUGUGGACAGAGCCAGACUAGAGCGUCAUCUGAGUCCCGAGGAGUUCCUACAGGUGUUUGGGAUGACUGUGGCAGAGUUUGACCGGCUGGCUCUCUGGAAGAGGAAUGAAAUGAAGAAACAGGCCCGACUCUUCUAACCAUGGAGAGAGAGAGACAAUUAGAGGAAAUUGAGAAAGAGAAACUGUUCUAAUUAAAGAAAGACAGACUGUUAAUGACAACAGAGAUAGAUAGAGCGAGAGAGACAGACUGUUAAUGACAACAGAGAUAGAUAGAGAGAGAGAGACAGACUGUUAAUGACAACAGAGAUAGAUAGAGAGAGAGAGACAGACUGUUAAUGACAACAGAGAUAGAUAGAGAGAGAGACAGACUGUUAAUGAA